UAGUGUCAGAAGUGGGCGUUGGCUUGGGCCUCGGACCAGCUGGUUGAUACUUCCUCUUUCUGAGGUCUCGAGUUCAUUGAGGCAGCGACGACUGGGAAGGAUGGGGCGGCAGUGGAGCAGCCUGGGCCUGUGGCUGGUCUCGGCGCUCGUGGCAGGAAUUUCUGCUAAUAAAUUCAGUGUGUUAAGAUCUCCUGAAUCCGUUGUUUUUCGUGAAGGAAACUGGCCAAUACCUGGAGAACGGAUUCCAGAUGUUGCAGCAUUAUCGAUGGGAUUCUCCAUUGAGGAUGAUCUCUCUUGGCCUGGACUAGCAGUUGGGGAUCUCUUCCGGCGUCCUCGAGCUACAGUUCUAGUCACAGUGACAGGGACAGACAAGUUAAUAUUGCCUAAGAGUGGUAUCUCCUAUCCAGUUGAAAAUGCGGUUCCUUUCAGCCUGGAUGGUGUUGCAAAUGCAAUUCAUACUUUGUUUUCUGAGGAAACUCCUGUAGUUGUACAGCUGGCUCCUAGUGAAGAGAGAGUAUAUAUGGUUGGAAAGGCAAACUCCGUAUUUGAGGAUCUUUCUGUCACACUCCGACAGCUUCGGAAUAGAUUAUUCCAAGAGAAUUCUAUUCUUGCUUCCCUUCCACUCAACUCGCUGAGCCGAAAUAGUGAGGUUGAUCUGCUAUUCCUGUCCGAAUUACAAGUUUUGCAUGAUAUCACAAGCUUGCUCUCCAGGCACAAACAUUUAGCCAAGGAUCACUCACCAGACCUAUAUUCCCUAGAGCUUUCUGGUUUGGAAGAAAUUGGCAAGCGCUAUGGAGAGGAUUCACAACAGUUCAAAGAUGCCUCUCAAAUUCUUGCAGACUCCCUACAAAAGUUUGCAGAUGAGAUGUACAGCCUAUAUGGUGGGAAUGCAGUGGUAGAGGUGGUGACUGUGAAGACGUUUGACACUCCUUUUGUGAGGAAGUCGCGAUCCAUCCUGCAGUCAACUUCACAGAGCAAGCCUGAAAAUCCAUUUAACCUAGCAUAUUCGUACAACUUUGACUACGCAGUUGUCUUCAACAUAGUGUUUUGGUUCAUGAUAGCCAUGGCUAUAGCGGUGAUUGUCAUCUCCUACAAUCUCUGGAAUAUGGAUCCAGGCUAUGACAGUAUCAUUUAUAGGAUGACCAACCAGAAGAUCAGGAUGGAUUGAGCUUCAGAUUCAAGCCUGAAAGGAGUAAGGCUUCUUCCAUUGAUCUGGCAUCGUUCAGUAUGGACAGUACGAUUUCUGUGACGCAUCCUCUUGUGUUUCCCUGGCAGAUAUAUUUAAAAAUUAAGCAGUGGCUGUGCUCAAGUUGCAGAGCUGAACUAUGAAAUCAUGAGUCAAUGCCUACUGACUAUAUGUGUAAAUGAUUCCAUUUUGUGGUUGUGCAAUAUUCCUUGAGUUCUAGAGUUGCUCUUCUGUAUUGUGUGUAACCAUGUGAAACAAAUGCACUGAGAAUACACUGGAAAUGUAGGGUUGUUUCCUGAGACUUUGUUGUAAAUCAUCAGUUAGUUCAUGUAAAUAUCUCAAAUUGCUGUUUAUGGGGAUUUAUUUCUGCUUAUGCCGAACUUUCAGUAUAAUAUAUUUUAACUAGACCUGUUCUGCUAAAAUAUGACUUACCCUGCAAACAGCCUGGGCAAAUUCUCAGGGACCUGGGAACCAAUUUUGCCCUCUUCUGGACUUUCCUUUUUAGUGUUAUGUAUGAUUCCUCCUACGUACCCCAGUACUGCUCCUGUAGUCAAGUCACAUUGGAAUAAAUAGGAAAUGAUUAGCUUCUCUAGACAUGAUUGGCUGUCUUGGGGGUAUUUUUUUUUCUUGGAAGACAAUCAUACUCAGCCACAAGUGACAGCCGAUGAUGAUGAUGAUGAAUAAUAAAUGUUUACUCUAAAGUUACACAAGGACAUGACCUGGAACAAGAGAAGAAGAAUGUUGGUAUAUCAAUAAAUGAUCUUGUCAUUAUGUUACUGAAUUUGACCAAAAA